GCAGACCGAGGAGGAGACCGAGGAGGGGAGCUGUCUGUCUGGGGCCGCUGUCUCUAACGUAAAGACCCGGGCUACAGCCCCGAAAUGAAGCCGGGGGGGGUGGGCAGGGACGCCUCAGACUGCACGCAGCUGUGACGGAGUGAUGGAAGAAGAGAAGGUUGUUAAAAGGAAUCGGAGUAAAGCAACCGCGCUGAGUCUGAGCACUUGCACAGGAGGCAGAACAAGGAAGAGGACCGAGGAGGAAGUCUGAGAGGAAAAGGAGAAGCAGAGAGCAGAGAGAGGCGCUGCAGGGUUUCUGUUCUCGGGGUUUGGUCUGUCCUUCUGGCCAGGCGUGCGCGUCUGUGCUGUGAGAUAAACCAGCUCGUCUUCACCGGGUGCCUGGAGCAAGGGGGACUCAACACCGGCAGCAGCCGAGCCAGGCCCAGCGAAAUCCGCUCCGGUGCUUCCGGGCAGCCGUCAUAGCGCUCACCAUUGUGCAGUGCAAAAAAAGAAAAGAAAAGAGAAAAAAAAACCUGCCCUUUGUGUGGCCAGGGCUGAGUAGGAAAGUGAUUUACGAUCACUUGAACUCACCCCAAAAAAAGAGCAGGCAGGCUGGACACAAAUAGGCUCCACCGGCCGCUGCCUGUGCCUGCCUCUGCGAGCUGGGAGCUGCGUGUUUACCCCGGGAGAGCCCGACAGCGACACCAGGCUUCUCCUCCCGGUGAUGAGAGAGAGAGGGAGAGAGAGGGGGAGCAGACGUCAAGCCCGCUCCAUGAAUAUUGAUGUGGAGGAUUGUCUGUUUCGCAGAGGAACAGAAGGAAGCAAGAUGGCUGCCCUUUAGGAUUUGUUAAAGAGCAGACCCCGGACGGCUUUUCUGGAAUUCUGCAAAGUGGAGGGACAGAAAAAAGAGGACUCACGGAGGGCAGCCUUGUGGAUGGACUCAACGCUGGCCAGAUGGAAACAGAAAAGGCCGGUCAUGAGGCAGAAGAAAGACUGACACCGGCACCACCCAAUGCCGUUCCCCGGAUGGAAGACCCGAUCGCCGCGGUCCAGAAUGGAAACCAAUCACCGGAGGAGGCGCUCCCUCAGCAGACCAAUGGGGAUGCGAGCUGGAACCACUUCAAACCCAAUGAGGGGGUCAACCCAAGGAGGAGCCUUGGGAAGAAGUGUUCCAGCCCCAUCAGAACGCAGGACCUGUUGGAUCAAAGCCCCCACCCGAGAAACGGGGGGGUGAAGCACGCGCUCAGCGAGCCGUCGCUGCUGGAAUUUCACCCGUCAAAAAAACUCAGGUUGGACGCGGAGUUAAAUGGACAGGAUGACAGCGUGACUCCUUCGGGGCAGGCAGCAAAGUCCGACUGCACGGCGAGCGAGCUGGACUGCCCUCCGGAGCUCCCGAAGCCUUCAGCAGAGGAGCGCGACGGCUCGCAGGAGCAGAAACUGGAUAAUAACGAGCGCAGCUUCUCUGAUGAGGACCUUUAUUCGCUUCCGAGGAACAAGAAGCAAGCCUUUACUAAUGGUGCUAUAGUGAACUCGCCUUCCAUGGAAGACAUGCACAGUGACCUCUUAGAGAAAAAACUGCCUCAGUGUUACCCAGACCACAUAUCGGUUGCUUCACGGAACACAUCUAAAGACGAUUCAGCUGAGAGCCCAGUUUCGAAUGACACGCCUGAAGAGACCACGGAUUCCCCAGCACGGAGCUCAGGUUUGCCAAUUUCAUCCCCAAACUCAUUAUCCAGGGAGCAAGAGAGAACAUCCUCGGAAGUACACAGUGGCGAUGGCUGUGCCUCAUUGGCUACAGAUGAGGAAGAGCCGCAUGGCCAGAGGUUCCCUCUCGAAGAUGCCCUGGCAUCACAGGACCCGUGCCCAAAUGCUGAUGAGGAGCCACAACCGGUGAGGCCUACAGAUAGUGAAAAUGGUCAAAGCAGCCCUGAGGGGUCCUCAAAGAACCACCAUUCAGAUGAACAGCCAAGUCAAAACUCCUGUCCUAGAAGUCCCCUUCAGCCAAAGGAAAGUGAAGGACUUACUCAUCUUAUUAAUGAUAAUAUAGCAGCAGUGGUGGAAAAUAAGGAUACAGACCUUAGUUACCCUUCACAGGUCCUCAGUCCAAAACUGAACUCCCAGGUGAGUCCAGAGAAGGUGCAGGUUGAUGUUCAGCCAGAAACCCAACUGAUGAGCUCACCCAAAAGCUACAGUCAACAGGGCACUCCUGACCCAGCAGUGUCAAACCCUCCAGGGUUAAGCGAAGGUGCUCCAAAUCAAGAACCUGAGAAUCAUUUAACAGAACCUCAUGCAAAAGGCAAAAACGAAACAAACGGACAUGUUUCUUUUGAAGGGGAGGUGGAGGAAACGUUACAACAAACAGAUCCUUAUCCUGAUGUGAACUGGACUGACCUGAAUUCUUCCCAGCCUCCCCAAGAAACGGGCCUGCCACAGCCGCAGCGGGAACAGCAGGCAGAUGUUCAGGGUGCGGGCCAGAUGCAGAACCUGGGCCCCAUGCAAGGAUUUCAAAACCAGGAAUCCAAUCAAUCUAGCUUCCAGCAACAGGAAAGAAAGACGCAAAAUCAGUACGAACCUCAGCUGGCACCGGGUCAAAUUGGCUACAGAAGUAGGCCAGAAUGGCAACAACAACAUCCAGGACCCCCCCAAAUUCCUACUCCACACAAAGAGCUUAUAGAGAGUAAUAAAUCACAACCUCUUUCCCAACAGUAUGGUAUUCCUCAACAUCAGGUCGAAAAUCAGUUCCACACGCAAAUGCAGCAACAGCAUUUGUUGGAAGGCGCCCAGGACAUUGAGCAGAUUCAGGAGUCUGGGUUUUCGCGACAGCAGCCAGUGCCCACCCCACAAUCUGAAGGCCGAAUGGUAGGCAGUGCACUCCCGCAUGAUCAAUCUCAGAAUUCCCAAAGUAUGGGAGAGCUUAUCGAUCAGUUUCAAGAUUCCUCCCAGAGACAGCUGAACUGUCAGGUUUUUAACAGAGUCAAGCUGGAGGAGGAGGACAUCGGGCUUGAAACAGAGCUGAAUUCAUCCAACUGCAGAUCUCAAAACCACCAAAUGCAACAGCAGACUCAACUAAAUCCAACUGCCAGAACAUCUCCUCUGUUUUUAAACUCUACACUACCUGAAGUACAAACUAAGCAAGAUGCUAUGUUUCCGUACACCCAAUCAGAAGUCCGCGAAAAUUGUGAGAUGAAAACAGUGAAGAUUCCGCAGCUUCAGAACUCACAGAGCACGGUCACCCAAAAGCAAUACUCACAUCAGCAUCAAACUCAACCGCAAGUGAAUCACACAGAGUUCCCACAGACACCACCAAUGCAUCGACCACCUCAGGUUCCACAAGGUGCUCAUAACCAACAGCCGUCAGUGCAGAUGUACCCCGCAUCGGAAUUUCAAAAAAUGUCCCAUGCACAAUUACAACAAGGGCAGCUUCAACACCAAAACUACAGAGAGUACCAGAAACACGCUGCUCUGCGAAUGCACCUGCUGCAGAAGCAGGAAAAACAAGGGCACCAGCAAAACCUCAAUGACUUUAAGCACAUCCUAGAGGCUAUCGUGUGUGAGCGUGGCUUGAGAACCGAACCUCGGCAGGACAAGGAACUGGCGACCCCUGCAACGCAGGCCGCGAUAAAGCAGGAACAUCCGCAGAUGACCUUUGAGCAGGCUCAACACAAGAGCAUCAUCGCCACCAUGGAGCAUCAGCUGAAACGGUAUCAACUCUCUCCUGUGUUCGAGAGAAAAUCGCUGGUCAUAAAGAGUCCCCACAAAUUCAAGGUGGAGACCUCGGGCCCGGUGACCGUCCUGUCGACCAACGCAACCCUCGGCGGUGAGGAUUUUCGCGCUGCGACGCAGUCGAAUGCUACCUCAGACCUCACCCCGACAAAGAAAAUGGAACCCAACAUCAACAGCUUUCUGGAAUCUCCCUUGAAACUGCUGGACACUCCAAUCAAAAACCUGUUGGACACCCCUAUUAAAACACAAUAUGAGAUUCCAUCGUGUCACUGUUUUGACCAAAUCAGUGGAAAAGAUGAUGGUCCAUAUUACACUCAUCUGGGAGCUGCUCCCAGUGUUGCAGGAAUCAGAGAGCUCAUGGAAAAGAGGUUUGGUCAAUCUGGCAGCUGUAUCAGGAUUGAGAAGGUUGUGUACACGGGAAAGGAGGGCAAGAGUGCACUAGGGUGCCCGAUUGCCAAAUGGGUGAUGCGCCGGGCCAGCGUGGAGGAGAAGGUCCUGGUGCUGGUGCGGGAGCGACCCGGACACACCUGUGAGUCGGCCGCCAUCGUGGUGGUCAUCAUCGUCUGGGAGGGCAUCCCCGCCACCGUGGCAGACCAGCUCUACGCCGACCUGGCUGGCACGCUGCAGCGACACGGCGCCCUCACCAACCGCCGAUGCGCUUUCAACGAAGAGAGAACGUGUGCUUGUCAAGGACUAGACCCAGACACCUGUGGUGCUUCCUUCUCCUUUGGGUGCUCAUGGAGUAUGUACUACAAUGGAUGCAAGUUUGCCAGGAGUAAAGUCCCCAGGAAAUUUAGGCUCCUUGGGGAUGAUCAUAAAGAGGAGGAAAAAAUGGAGCAACAUCUACAGAAUUUAGCCACCUUGGUGGGCCCGAAGUACAAGCAAAUGGCACCCGAUGCUCAUGCAAACCAGGUGGAGUACGAACACAGAGCGCCGGACUGUCGGUUGGGGCUGAAGGAAGGGCGUCCGUUCUCAGGGGUCACGGCCUGUUUGGACUUCUGCGCGCACGCCCACAGAGACCUCCAUAACAUGCCGGGCGGCAGCACUGUGGUUUGCACUCUAACAAGAGAGGACAAUCGAGAAAUUGGGACGAUCCCGGAGGACGAGCAGCUCCACGUUCUGCCUUUAUACAAGAUCUCUUCCACGGACGAGUUGGGCAGUGUGGAAGGGCAGCAGGAGAAGAUCCGGUCCGGAGCCAUCCAGGCGCUCAGCGCUUACCGCCGGAAGGUGCGCAUGCUCGCCGAGCCGGCGAAGUCGUGCCGACAGCGGAACCUGGAGGCCAAAAGAGGGGGCGCAAACAAGGACACCCCGAACUCGAAGGCCGAGAAGAACCCUCAAGCGACUCCGAAACAAAGCACUUUGGAGAAACCGGGCCCAAACAUGGACGUGUCAGGUUCUCACCCAGACCAACUUCAUGCGGAAGCAGCACAGAUGGGUCACCCCCCACACCCUCUCAAUACACCAUAUCCACAACAGCAGCAACUGCGGCCCCCAAACACCACCCCUGGUUCCCCACACCUGUCCCAGCAAAGCUAUCCAAGGUUCCCCAAUCCGGCAAAUCCAUUUUCGAGCACUUCCCCUUUAAACCUGUGCCCACAGUCACCAGCACCCUUGAGCCCUCACCCCUCUACCAUACAUGCAAACCCUUACUUAAAUGGGUCGAAUACUGUAAACCCUUACCACGGCUCUCUAAACCCAAAUUCCUCUUACCCAGGAUAUCAGUGCAAUGGAAGCGCUCCCUUGGACGGCUUUCGCCCAUACUAUGCUUCGAAUCAAAAGCAGAUGGACGUGUACCCCCACCAGAGACCACAGCUUUGCACAGAUCAGCAGUACUAUCCCCAUCAGCAUUACAGAGUCGACUAUCCGCCUCGGUACAAUGAGCCCAGUUUACACGUGAACGGCUACAGCAACUGCAACACAAGACCCAACGUUCAACCCAUGGGUCCCUACUCAACCUACGGCCCUAACAGUGGGCCGGACGGCCAGGUUUUGGAGGCCGUCCCCCGGCCACCCUCGGCCCAUCCAACCGUGGACUAUUCACCAGCGAGCAAAAGCAUUGAGUACAAUGGAUACGCCAACUCGUAUCUUUCCCAGAACGCCCAGAUGUACCUUCAGGACAAAGACCGUCAUUUUCACACUCAGAUCAAACCUGAGAUGAAUUUUCACGAUGCGAACGGCAUGGGCCAGGGGCCUCCGGCAAUGGGUGCCCCGUGCCCGACCCUGAUCCGGCCCGGAAACGGGCCGCCAAGCGAGAACACCCAGGGGAUCGCGAUUAAACAGGAGUGCCACCCACCCGGGGAGGCGCCGACUCCCAACCAAAAGGAGGAAGUGUGGUCGGACAACGAGCACAGCUUCCUGGAUCCGGAGAUCGGCGGGCUGGCGGUGGCCCCCAGCCACGGCUCCAUCCUCAUCGAGUGCGCCAAGCGGGAGCUCCACGCCACCACCCCGCUGAAGAACCCCGACCGGAACCACCCCACCCGCAUCUCGCUGGUCUUCUACCAGCACAAGAACAUGAUCGAGGCCAAGCACGGCCUGGCGCUGUGGGAGGCCAAGAUGGCGGAGAAAACCAGGGAGAAAGAGCUGGACAUGGAGAAGCACGGUGCCGAGGGCACCCCUACCAAAAACAAGAAGGCGAAGAGGGAACCUCCGGAGUUCCUGGAAAACGCAGAGCUCCCUUUUAAGCGCUUUAUUGAGACACUCGCGGCGAAGUCCUCGUCUUGCACCACAAACACCUACGUCAGUACGUCUCCCUACGCCUUCACCAAGGUAACGGGGCCUUACAACCACUACGUCUAGGUUUGGUGUUCAGGUUUAUACUAACAAACACACAGGAGCCCGAUUUGCAACUAGAGGCGUUGUAUUUAUGUGAAACCUUAUCGCAACCAGUCGACGCAAUCUUCAAGAAGCUCUUCCUGAAAGGGAGUGGUAGUCCGACAACAGCAAAAUAUGACUCUAUGCAAAAAAAAGUUUAUGAGCUUAUGAUAAUACUGUGGUUGAGUUGUACUGUGGUUGGAAGCCGUACCAUCAGUUACACAUAGACAAUUGAGCUUUACUAACUGGUGUGAAAUUAAGGCAGUAUUUAUUUAUUUUUUAUUUUUGUUACUCUUGUGAGAUACACACUGUUCUAAUCUUCUGGUGCUCCGUGUCCUCUACAUCAGGAUGUACAUUACUGGAAACAAAGUUUCAGCUUGGUGGUUUAAUUUUGUAUUGAAUAGAUUUAUCUAAUAUAUAGGUAAUUAGUAGGUGGUGUAAUACUCUGACUUCAUGGGUUAUUUAAUUCACGGUGCUAAAUUGAAGUGUCUUUAAUAUAAAAUUUCGUUUUAAAUGCCUUUAUAUUCUAUGAACGUCUCUUUAUAUGUUACUUUUUAAUGCAGAGGUAAUUAUUUAGAAUGGCAUUUUACACACUGCAAAUGUAGAAAUACUAAAAGAAAUGAUAUCAUCAACAAACUGUGCUGGGUUUUGUAUCGUGUAGUGCGAGUGCUUUUGUGCACUUCGUGUACCGAGCGUCGAACAGAUUUUAUUAUUAUUAUUUUUCUACAUUUGAGAUUCCAUAAUUCAUUCACAUUUAUUUCCAGCAUUAAUCUGGCAACAUUAAUGGGCUGUGUUAUUAAAAUUAACUUUAUUUUACAAAAAUAUUCACUGCAGUGAGACUACUGGUUUCAAACAGAAUUUUUACACUAGCGUGUUUUGGUGCUUCUAAAGAAAACCUAAGGUAUAUCUUUUUAACGUAAUGAAAUACAGUGAAUAUUAAGCCAUUGUAAAGGCAGCUAUCAAGCUGCACUGAAUGAAAAAGAAAAUAAAUAAAUCUCCUGUCAUGUUUGUACAAUAAUUUCUAUUUGUCAGGGGCAGUAUAAUGUCUGUGAUGGACUGGUAUAAUUAUUUAAAAAUUCAUAACAAGUCCAUCAAAAAAUAAAUAAAAUAAAAUAAAAUACAAAAAACAGAUUCAUAAACAGACUCUCUACUAGGGGUGCUACACAGAGUACAUGUGGUUAGCAGUAUGUUCGUGUAAUGGCAGCUGACUUUUUGUGGUGUUUUUAAAUAGCUGGUAAUAGCAAGCUAAAGAAAAGUGAUAUUUGUACAGUAAAUUAAAUUACAGCCGUAACACUUAAUUUUAAUACUGUAAAAAGCAAUUACUUUUUAUUUUGGUUUGAGCUGAUUUUAUUUCAAAUGGUGCUACUCUAUUUGCAACAAACAUGCAUAAUGUGAGAGUCUUCAUGGACGACGACAAGAUUAGUGGAAGAUCAUUCUACUUCUUUUUAUAUACCUCAGAUCUAGUUUGGCAAUAGUACUAUUAUAAAAAGCAUAAAUACUAUAUACACAUACGUAAAUUAAUAAAAUAAACAAUAACAUAACUUCAAAAGAAAUACAUCAUUCACUUAUUUUUUCGAGCAAUGAAGUAUAACUUGAAUGUCACACUUCAAUUUUAUAAUAAAAUCAGGGAUACGUUAGCUCUUUUACAUAUUUUAGAAUAUAUUUCUAUAUUUUGUGUGUAUGCCAACAUAACCUCUGUUGAUUUUUGCAAUUUUCUUUUGUUCAGGGAUUUCGCCAUUUGAAUCCCAUAUACUUACUGUUUAUACUGUAAUUCAAACCAACAAUUUUUUUUUUUACAAAAGGCAUAAAAUCACCUGAAUACAUAUUAAAAAAUUAUAUGUUAAGCCCAUUUCAUAGUUUAAUAGCUUUGAAUAAAUGAUUUGAACACACAGAAUGCACUGAACUGACGAAAGGGAAAAGUUUUAGCACUGAUGUCAGUGUGCUUGGUUCUUACAAAAAGCUAAAAUGAAAAACAGAACAGAUAUGAUGCACACUGUGUAUUUGUAUAUAGUAAAAGCAGAGCAUAUUUAUAAUAACCACUAAAUGUUUAUAAUAUGCUUUUUCGUUGUUAAAACUAAUGGGGUGAUGGUUGAUACAACGGCAUCCCAUUUACCAUUUUUAUGAUGAAUUUCUUGCAGCACUUCAUUUUGAAAAAAAUGUUUUUUAAAGGCACCUGAAGACAAAUGUAGAUGUGUUUGAAAUAAACGAUAACACAGUGUGUUUGUAUGUGUACAUGCACGUACAGAAUGACCAUGCAUUAGUGACACAGAAAUAUAAAUUAUUACUAUGGCUAUGUUUAAAAUUCCUGCAAUUGGCGUGUGUUUUAUAGUUUCAAAUGUACCCACAACCCAUGGAUUUAAUCACAAAUAAAAACAAAAAUAAACAUCUUGUUUCACCCCAGUAUCCUACCUAAGGAUUUUACCAGGCAGUAGGCCUAGACUAUACUCAAGGAAUGUCAUUGCUAAAGGAAAUUUAACCACCAUAUGUACCUGUAUAUACAGUGUGUAUGUGUAUGUCACUCCUAAUUCAUAUAGAAAUAAUGUAAGAUUUUUUUUAUCAUUACCAUUAUUAUAAUUUUAUUAUUAUUAUUAUGUUUGUUUCUUUGUUUUUGAUUUUUGGUAAAAAGUUUUUGGGGUUUUGUGCAGUAAAGCAAUGUGAUUUUCAAUGUACUGGGCCCAGCAUCAGUAGCAGGUUGUGAUGGGGAAAUAAAAAGGAAGGAUCUUUGGGAAAUAGUGGAUGUUCAGACAAUAGCCGUACUUGAAAAACGCUUCGGAGUGGUUUGAGUGCAGUCAACGUUACUUGAAUGACUUUCUGAGCUCGACUUACGCAUGGGGUUGCAUAGCUCUUGUACUAAGCUAGCGGAAACGCGUCGGCGUUUAGCGCAGAUGCUAAAGGCUUCGCGUUUCUUACUGCGUUUGUCUCUGAUUUCUUUUGUUUUUAAGUCUCCCUUGUUCCCAUGAUUUGUGGUGUGCUUCAUAAAGGGGGGGAAACUGCGGAUGGGUAUAAAUACUGUAUGUAUUGCAAUGUACUGAAUGCAGUUUAUUUGAGAGCUGUUUAUUAUUUCAUUCCUGAUAUUGCUGAGAUGUGGGUGUUUUUAAUAAACUUUAUAUUUAUUUGACGGA